AUGAAUAAAGAUGGAAAAAAUGAUAUUUUUGUAGAUGAUAUAAUAAAAAAUGAUAUUGAGUUAAAGAAAGAAUAUAUAAAUAAUGUAAUAAAUUAUAAGGAUAGGAUACCCUUGGUUGAGUAUAAAAAGGAAGAAAAUGUAAUGGAUAUAUAUUCGAAAUAUCAUUUUAUAGAUAAUAUAUUUAUUAAUGUGACUAAGAAGGAUGAGGAGGAUAAAUUUGAUAUACGCUUUGUAAAUAAUAAUGAUUAUAAUGAAAUAGAUAAUGAAAUAAAUAAUGAAAUAGAUAAUGAAAUAGAUAAGGUUGGUGAUAAUGAUAUAAACAAUGUUGUUAAUAAGGUGAAAAUAAAUAACUUCCUACAUUUAAAUGAGAAAAGAAAUGUAAUAAUUUUAUUAAGUGGUUGUUCAGGAUGUGGAAAAAGUACCUUAAGUUGUUUAUUAGCGAUGUUUUUGAAUAUAAGACAUAUUAUAUCAACAGAUAUUAUAAGAGAAAUAUUAAGAAAAUUUCAAAUAAAAAAAGAUAGGUAUCUUCGUUUUUCUACAUAUGAAUCAUGGAAACUACAUGCUAAUGAAGAUGAAAUGAAUAUAAUCCAAUUAUAUAAUAACAAAUUAAACAAAAGUGAACAUAUAAAUGAUAAUAAUAAUGAUAAUAAUAAUGAUAAUAAUAAUGAUAAAGAAGAAAUUGAGAAAAUAUUAACAAAAAAAUGUAUCGAAAAUUAUUUAAUACAGUGUGAUGUUUUAUAUCCAUAUAUAGAUGAAAUAAUAUAUGAGAAUAUAAAAAAAAAUCAAUCUUUAAUUAUAGAAGGUGUACAUUUAAGUACACACGUAAUGAAAAAAUUAAUAAAGAAAUAUCCCAAUAAAAUUAUAUAUUUCUUAGUUUAUAUAAAUGAUAAAGAAACUAGUAUUAAAAGAUUUGCUAAAAGAACAAAUAAUAAUAAAUUAUCAAAUAAUAAAAAUGAAAAAGUAAAUAAAUAUAUACAAAACUUUAAUUACAUAAGUGGAAUUCAAUCAUAUUUAUUACAAUCAUCAAAAGAUUUAGAUAAUACAAUCAAUUAUAUUGAAAAUAUUGAUAUUUAUAGAUCCUUACAAAUAAUUAUGAAUUCUGUAUAUGCUCAUAAAUGA